AAAAAAAAAUGGCAAAUCGUAUGCCAAAAGUUGAGUUGUCGAAUGGUUUUACUGAGCAACCGAAAUCUCAAGCAAGAGGGGUUCGUUGCAAAUAUUAUGCAAUACAAAACAGUAUUUCUGAUGGAAAAGAUGAUAUUGGUAGUGUUGAUUCGAAGAAGUUCAAGGAAAUUAUGAAAGAAAUUGAAACUUCUCAUAAUGAAGUCAAAAAGCCAAGAGAGCAAGUUGCCGAUGCAGAGGCAUUGUUUGAUCUCGCCAGAACUUUGGUGACUUCUGUUAGAUCACAUAAUACUGAUGGUAUUACACCUUAUAUGUUCAUCUCCUCUUUGCUCCGAGUCUAUGGGUCGCGAAGUGCAAAAAGACACUCUCAGAAUGCAAAUACAUUACGUUGGAAGAAAAUUGGUCAUGCUGUUUCACCAAUUUUCGGUAAUGCAAGAGGUUGCCACACCAUGAUUGGACCAAUGGACCGCAAAGUUAAGCAGCGUAAGUAUACACGUAGACCACGUUCACAGCUGUACUUGCGCGCUCGACCAAAGGAGCUUGACUUUAACACGGAGGAGAUAACAGAUACGGACAAGAACAUAGCAACCAUGUUUCAGAUCCUAAAGAAGGAGAAGAGAGUUAAGCUUGAGAAUCUUGUACUUAACAGGAAAUGCUUCGCGCAAACCAUAGAGAAUUUAUUUGCACUAUCUUUUCUAGUGAAAGAUGGACGAGUUGUCAUACACGUGGAUGAAAAUAGAUCUCACUUUCUUUCUCCAAGGAAUGGUCCUGCUGCCCGUUUAGUUAUGUCUGGUGAAGUUAAAUACAGCCACUUUGUCUUCAGAUUGGAUUUUGUUGAUUGGGAGCUGAUGAAGAAAGCAGUUCCAGAAGGAGAAGAGCUGAUGCCAAACAGGGUCAUAAUGGCUAGUCCAGUCUUUACAGAAGCUAAUAAACCAAACAAGGACACGUCGACAAAUCCAGUCUUUACUGAGGCUUAUAAACUGGUUCCAGUUGAAGAUUCUCGACUAAGAUUACGUAUCACUCGGGUCAAGAAAAUGUCAAGGAACCAUGGCAAGGUUUUACGCGAAGCUUCAGACAUCGAUAACUCUCCUGAAAUAGGUGAUGCCAACAUUGGCAAUGGGAGCCUGAAGAGGAAGCUGCUAUGAAAAUAUAACUGUCCAUUGGUUGUGCAGUAUGUCUAUAUAUUCUAAAUAGGCCAUUUUGGUGUACAUAGGAUCAAUUUUUGUUGGCAUUAUUCUCUGGUCAGAUAAAGUUUUGAGUAGUUAUUUCUUUUUUAGAAUUAGUGUAGUUUGAAUGUAAAGCUAUGGUAACUAUUGAAAGCAAUAGUUACCAUAUCAUUUGUUGUUUUGUUGCUUCCUAAUCCUCAUAGUUUCAAUUUGGUUGUCUGAUUUUAACUUA